AUGGCGGGCGAGGAAGACCGCAGAGACGGGGACCCGGUAUCAGUGGUGACCGUGCGGGUGCAGUACUUGGAGGACACCGACCCCUUCGCAUGUGCCAACUUCCCGGAGCCGCGUCGGGCCCCCACCUGCAGCCUAGACGGGGCACUGCCCCUGGGUGCGCAGAUACCCGCGCUGCACCGCCUGCUGGCGGCGCCGCUGAAGCUGGAGGACUGCGCCCUGCAAGUGUCUCCCUCUGGAUACUACCUGGACCCUGAGCUGUCUCUGGAAGAGCAGCGGGAGAUGCUGGAGGGCUUCUAUGAAGAGAUCAGCAAAGGGAGGAAGCCUACACUCAUCCUGCGUACUCAACUCUCUGUGAGGGUCAAUGCCAUCUUGGAAAAGUUGUAUGGCUCCAGUGGCCCUGAGCUGCGUCGCUCUCUCUUCUCACUAAAGCAGAUCUUCCAGGAGGACAAGGACCUGGUGCCCGAAUUUGUGCAUUCCGAGGGGCUGAGUUGCCUGAUCCGUGUGGGUGCUGCUGCUGACCACAACUACCAGAGCUACAUCCUCCGAGCACUAGGCCAGCUGAUGCUGUUUGUGGAUGGGAUGCUGGGCGUGGUGGCCCACAGUGAGACUGUGCAGUGGCUGUACACACUGUGCGCCAGUGUGUCCCGCCUGGUGGUGAAAACGGCCCUGAAGCUGCUGCUGGUGUUUGUGGAAUACUCUGAGAACAACGCCCCGCUGUUUAUCUGCGCAGUCAACUCUGUGGCCAGCUCCACAAGCUCUCUUCCUUGGGCCAAUCUGGUGUCCAUCCUAGAGGGGGGGAAUGGCGCUGACCCUGAGUUGUUGGUGUACACAGUCACCCUCAUCAACAAGACGCUGGCAGCACUUCCGGACCAGGACUCCUUCUAUGAUGUGACAGAUGCGCUGGAGCAGCAGGGCAUGGAGGCUCUGGUCCAGCGCCACUUGGGCACCUCGGGCACUGAUUUCGAUCUGCGCACACAGCUUGUGCUCUAUGAGAAUGCCCUGCGGUUGGAGGAUGGAGACAUUGAGGAAGCCGCUGCAGGUGGGCGGCGGGAACGCAGAAAGCCCUCUUCGGAGGAGGGCAAGAGGAGCCGCCGGUCUCUAGAAGGCGGGGGCUGCCCUGUGCGCUCUUCCGAGCCUGGCCCCUCGGACCCCGCCUCCACCGUAAUCUCCACCUACUCCGCUGGCCCGGCCCUGGGGAAGGGCCUGGCUCUCAGCCCCAUGGACCCAGCUUCUGGUCUGGGUACCUCGGUGAACCUCUUUCCUGCCAUCUCCGUGGGGCCCUCAGCCGACAGCUCCAGCGAGAGGAGCAUCUACAAAGCCCGAUUCCUGGAGAAUGUGGCAGCGGCAGAAACAGAGAAGCAGGCUGCACUGGCCCAGGGCCGGGCAGAGACAUUGGCUGGGGCCAUGCCUGAUGAGGCCGAUGGACACCCAGAUACCCAGGAACUAUGGGGCUCCCCAGAACCAGGCCCUGCACCCAGAACCCCCGAGAGCCCUACCCCCCGAGGUCUGCUCCGGGCCCAGCGGCGCCUUGAGCCAGAACCCAAGGUGCCACUGGCCCCACCAAGCGCCAAGGCCGAACCCAUUCAGGAGUUUCCUAUCCGUGUACCCAAACUCUGCAUUGGAGACCUGGACUUCUCAGAUCUGGGGGAGGACGAAGACGAGGACAUGCUGAAUGUGGAGGCUGUGGAGGCUGUGAAAGGGGUCCCACCCCCACCACCCCCACUGCCUGUGCUCUCUGGAGGCCCCCCGCCUCCUCCGCCCCCACCCCCCCCACCCAACAAAGGCUCACUCCCACCACCUCCCCCUCCAGCCGCCCCCCUUCCUCCCUCAGCACCUGAUGGUCUAGCCCUCCCCACCAAGAGGAAGACAGUAAAACUCUUCUGGCGGGAGCUAAAGCUGGCUGGGGGCCAUGGAGGCUCUGGGAGCCAUUUUGGGCCUUGCCCCACCCUAUGGGCCUCACUGGAACCUGUCUCGGUGGACACAGCCCGGCUGCAACACCUGUUUGAGUCCCGUGCCAAGGACGUGCUGCCUUCCAAGAAAGCUGGUGAGGGCCGCCGGACAAUGACCACAGUGCUGGACCCCAAGCGCAGCAACGCCAUCAACAUUGGCCUAACCACCCUGCCACCUGUGCAUGUCAUUAAGGCUGCCCUGCUCAACUUUGAUGAGUUUGCUGUCAGCAAAGAUGGCAUUGAGAAACUGCUGACUAUGAUGCCCACGGAGGAGGAGCGGCAGAAGAUCGAGGAGGCCCAGCUGGCCAAUCCUGAUGUACCCCUGGGCCCAGCUGAGAAUUUCCUGAUGACCCUUGCCUCCAUUGGGGGCCUGGCCGCCCGCCUACAACUCUGGGCCUUCAAGCUGGACUAUGACAGCAUGGAGCGGGAAAUUGCAGAACCACUAUUUGACCUGAAAGUGGGCAUGGAACAGCUGGUACAAAAUGCCACUUUCCGCUGCAUCCUGGCCACUCUCCUGGCUGUGGGCAACUUCCUCAACGGUUCCCAGAGCAGCGGCUUCGAGCUGAGCUACCUGGAGAAGGUGUCAGAGGUGAAGGACACAGUGCGCCGGCAGUCACUGCUGCACCAUCUCUGCUCCUUGGUGCUCCAGACCCGGCCUGAUUCCUCGGACCUCUACUCAGAAAUCCCUGCCCUGACCCGCUGUGCCAAGGUGGACUUUGAGCAGCUGACUGAGAACCUGGGGCAGUUGGAGCGUCGGAGCCGGGCAGCUGAGGAGAGCCUACGGAGCUUGGCCAAGCAUGAGCUGGCCCCAGCCCUGCGUGCCCGCCUCACCCACUUCUUGGCCCAGUGUGGCCGUCGUGUAGCCAUGCUGCGGGUGGUGCACCGCCGUGUCUGCAACAGGUUCCACGCCUUCCUGUUGUACCUGGGGUACACGGCCCCGGCGGCCCGCGAGGUGCGCAUCAUGCAGUUCUGCCACACGCUGCGCGAGUUUGCACUGGAGUACCGCACUUGCCGGGAACGGGUGCUGCAGCAGCAGCAGAAGCGUGCCACAUACCGUGAGCGCAACAAGACCCGGGGCCGCAUGAUUACGGAGACAGAGAAGUUCUCAGGUGUGGCUGGGGAAGUCCCCAGCAACCCAUCUGUCCCAGUGGCUGUGGGCAGUGGGCCAGGGCGGGGUGAUGCCGACAGUCAUGCCAGCAUGAAGAAUCUGCUGACCAGCAAGCCUGAAGACACCACACAUGGCCGCCGCAGCAGAGGCAUGGCCCAGAGCGGCUCCCCAGUCAUGCCGACAGCAAUGGGGUCCUCCAUUGCACCCCCAGAAGAACCCCCAGGCUCCGGUUUACCCAGUGACACUUCAGAUGAGAUCAUGGACCUGCUGGUGCAAUCAGUGACCAAGAGCAGUCCCCGUGCCUUAGCUGCUCGGGAACGCAAGCGUUCCCGGGGCAACCGCAAGUCUUUGAGACGGACACUGAAGAGCGGGCUCGGAGAGGACCUGGUGCAGGCACUAGGACUGAGCAAGGGUCCUGGCCUGGAGGUAUGAAGGCGCCGCCUCCAGGGCACCUACCUGUCGGGGCCCCAGCCUGCAGUACAAGAGACUAGAGAGUGAGGAGGGAUCAGCAGAAUUUGGGCCUCUUCUCAACCCCAGGGCCACUCUGUGCCCAGUGGACAGUGCCUUGAGCAGUAUUAGCUGUGCGUGCCUAUGUGCAAGAGUGUGUGUGUGUGUGUGUGUGUGUGUGUGUGUGUGUACACACGUACUUGUAUGA